AACAGGCUAGUUGUUGACACAGAGUCACAAAAACCAAAUACUGACUGAUCUUCCUGUAACCUUACACUUCUGCUCAGCCUCACAUCAGCAGCAGUGCAGCUCUUAUCAUUCACGCAUUUGACACACAUCUUGACAGCUGCACUGGUUUCACUGUUUUCUCUUUUCUGGACUGAGUGUCUGUUAAUGAAGAGAUGAACACUGCUGAGAAAAUCCUUUCUGUUUGCUUUCUCCUGCAAGGUGUUUGCUGUAGAGAUUUCAGUAUCAGUUUGCCAGAGAAGAUUCAAGCUCUCAAUGGAUCCUGUGUGAUUAUAAAGUGCAGAUUUGACAUUAAUGAAACAUAUGAUAAAGACAUCUCUGAGAGAGCUGCUGGAGUCUGGUAUAAAGACAAACAUGAUAGGAUCAGCAGCCCAGUGUUUAACUCAUCAAUGCAGAACUCUUUUAUUAAAGGGAAAAUAACUGGAAAGUUAAAAGAUAAGGACUGUAACACUGUCUUUUAUGAUGUCACAUCAAAUCACAGUGGUCAGUAUUUCUUCAGAAUUGAGGGUGAAGGUGGACUGAAAUGGACCUACAGAAAAGGCAAUGUUUCAGUAAAUGUGAUCGAGUCUCCAGUGAAUCCGCGAGUUGUGCUGUAUGUGGAUGGGCAGGAGCUGCAGGGUCAGCAGGAGGUGUUGGAGGGCAGAUCUGUGAGUCUGCGCUGCUCUGCUGAGACUCUCUGCUCUUCUCCUCCAGCAACUCUCACAUGGAGCUCCACUGCCAAAAUCCCCCUCAGUAAGAGCAGCAAACUAAAGGAGCUCAUCAUCUCUGAUCUGAACUUCACUGCUGCUCCACGGCACCACAGAGUCACUUUCACCUGCUCUAUAAGCUACCAGCUGCAGAACAAGAACAGAACAGCUCACAGCAGCAUCACAUUACAUGUGCAGUAUGCUACUCAGAUCUCAAACUCCAGCUGUUCCAGUACUAAUGUAACUGUGUGUUUCUGUGAGGUUGAUGGGAAUCCCUAUCCUGUAGUGGAAUGGUAUCUGUCUGGACGCCCCGUCUCAAACUCUUCAAGCACGUUCAUCAGUAAAGAGCGAUUGAGCAACACAAGCUUGAGGAGCUUCAUCUCUCUACAUCAGUCUCUCACACACUCAAACACUCUGCUGUGUGUCAGUAAAAACACUCAUGGCAAUGCAACUCAACUGUUUCAUCUGGACUUCAUCAUUCAAAAAGAAAGUAGAACUCUACUCUUUAUUCUGAUUGGAGCUGCUGCUGGGGCUUUGGUGGUUGUGAUGUUGUGUGCCGUUACAUAUACAUGUGUCCGAUUGUCCACCAAGCUGAAGGCUCAGACAGAGACAGUAGACACUUAUGCUUCUCUUCAGCUCUCUGCUGCUCAAAACUUGGAAUAUGAUACUCUGAACAUUAAGAAAAGAGAAGACACAAAAUAAAAAACAAUGUUCACUUUGAUUUCUUUACUCAGUUGUUCUUUCUUGAUUAAAAAAAUCCAAAAGCAAAGAAUUACUUUACAUGAUUAAUUUCACAUGAUUUAAUAUCUGAAAAAAUUAAAUGUACUUUUUGUACAUAUUUAACUAGAUUCAAACGAAUAUUUAGUUGUUUUAAUAAUAAACACUUAUUUUCACAUUCAGACUUGUUUACAGCUGAGUUGUGCUAAGAAAUUGAAAUGAACAGAUCUUAACGUUAUGUGUAUGCAGUGUAUUAAUUGUUUAAAUAAAAUGUUUUUGUAAAAUAUAAUAUUAUAUUUUAAUUGCAUAUAUGUACUUAUACUGCUUGUUUUUCUCUAGUCUGUAUCCAUCUGCUUUCUGAAAUUAAAGACGAUCAUCAUAAAUA